AUGCGCUCGGCAGCGUCUCGACGUCAUAUCCACAGCCACCAGACAGUGCGUCGAGCCGUACACGAGAUCCGCGAGCGCCUACACCGCCAAGAAGGCUCUGCUACAGGCUCCAGCUGCCGCGUGUCUGCUCGUCAUGACGCCAAAGCGCUGGUGGCCAAUGCUCUCGAGCCCCGACUCGCACGCAGCAACGACGUGGUCUUCCACGACGAGCGAAAGUUGACGAAUCACGAGGCUGCAAAGCUGACCGGUUUCGUGAAAAGGCGUCUCGCAGGUGAGCCGUUGGCUUACAUUGCUGGCUCGAGAGAGUUUUGGUCGAUGGACUUUGCAGUGACUCCAGACACACUCAUUCCACGCAGUGACAGUGAAGUGCUCAUUGAGACGUUAGUGGAGCAAUACGAGCCGCAGACACCGCUGCGUAUCUUGGACAUUGGCACAGGAUCGGGCUGUUUACUGCUCGCGGCGCUGUCCGAGUUCCCACGAGCCACUGGAGUGGGCAUUGACGUUUCUCCACGUGCACUUGAGGUUGCGAGAGGCAAUGCCUGUACGCACAAUUUGGACGGACGGACAGCGUUCGUGCUCCGAGACCUGCAGACGUUACCACGACUUGGCAAGGAGGAUGCACUCGUGUACCAGCGUUUCGACGUGGUGUUGUGCAAUCCUCCGUACAUUCCACGUCGAGAACUGCAUCUUGUUGGACAAGACGUGCUCGCGUAUGAGCCGCACUUGGCGCUGUUUCCAGAUGGUGGACCUUUGCUUGACGAUACUGGAGUGGAUCCGCAGGGGUUGCGGAUGUAUGAGUAUCUGCACCAGAGUGUGGCCAACCUAUUUCGAAACCACAGCACAGAGACUGCCGUGGCAUCUGACUGGGACAUAAAGCAAAGCGAGAUGCCAGCGUAUCGUACGACAAAGUCCUGUUUGCUGAUGGAGAUCGGCUCGAUGAACCAAGCGCAGGCAGUACGGGAGCUGUUUGCCAGCACGGCAGAUAGAUGCCCACAACGUGCAAGGCUUGAUGGAUCACGACUACAGUUCGAGCGUUUCCUGUUUGAUGCAAGCGGCAAGUGCCGCGGUUUGCAUUUUGCUUGA